CGCAUGCCUGCCGCGGGCCGUGCCCCCCGCCCGGGCUAGGCUGGGCUCCGCGCAGACGUUACCGGCCGCGGCAGGCAGGGAAGCUGCGCCCCCGCGCAGCGAUGCGCGCUGCCCCCGGGCCGGCCAGAGAACAAAGGGCCGCCGGCUGCCGCCCCCCAGCCCCGGGCCGCGCCGGGCCGCGCUGAGCCGCCCCGCUCCCCGCAGCCACCUGCUGCUCCGCGCCCCGGCGGCGCCCGGCACCUCCCUUGUGCGGAGCGGCGGAGGCGGCGGCCGCGCCCGCCGCGUCGUCGGUGGCAGCGGCGGGGAGCGGGGCUGUCUGCGAGCACCGGGAGCUGUCCGGGGCCGCGGCCCUGUCCGUGGUGCUGCCGCCCGCGCCGGGGGGGAGCCCAGCCCAGCCCUGGCGCGGAUCCCGCGCCGCGGGGAAGCGGCACCCUCACAUCUGAGUCGGCCCGCAGCUGCCGCCCAUCCUCGGCUCCCUUCUCGCCGGCAGAUCCCAACCAACAGGCGCGGCGCAGCCCGAGGCAUCCUGUUGCGCUGGGUCCACAGCGAGGAGGGGAGAAGCGGCGUUUUCCGAAAGAGCCUCUGCCCAGGUUGAGAUGCGCUCGUGGCUCGGAACAAUGGCUGCACUGCCAAGGCUGGUUUGUGCGUCUUCAGUCGUGUUGGUGGUCUGGGCUGGUUUUUGUUCUGCAGUAUGUGUUGAAGUCCCAUCAGAGACAGAGGCUGUCCAAGGAACGCACAUGAAGCUACUCUGCAUCUCCUGCAUGAAGAGGGAAGAGGUGACAGCCAGCACAGUGGUGGAAUGGUUCUACAGGCCGGAUGGUGGAAAAGAUGAACCUAUCUAUGAAUACAGGAAAACAAACCAUGAAUUUCCAAGCCGCUUCAGUGGUCGGUUACAGUGGAAUGGGAGUAAAGACAUGCAGGAUGUAUCCAUCACUGUGUUAAAUGUGACCUUGAACGAUUCGGGUAUCUACACCUGUAACAUCACCCGGGAGUUUGAGUUCGAGAUUCACCGACCUCUCUUCACAAGCUCCAGACUGAUCCACCUCACCGUGGUGGAGGAGGCUGGAGAAGACUUCACCUCGGUCAUCUCUGAAAUUAUGAUGUAUAUUCUGCUGGUCUUCCUCACCUUGUGGCUACUGAUAGAAAUGGUCUAUUGCUACAGGAAAGUCUCUAAGGCAGAGGAGGCUGCCCAGGAAAAUGCGACAGACUAUCUUGCGAUUCCAUCAGAAAACAAGGAAAACUGUGCCGUGCCUGUGGAGGAAUAGCGGAGAGGAGUCAGUGGAAUGAACGGCACCAAGGGGCUCUGAAGACAGAAGGACCGCAUCAUGCCAGCCAGGUUUGAGGGGGAGCUCUGCGCCGUCGGGAGGAAGUACGGGGAAGUGUAAAUUCUCUUCCAUUUGCCUUGGACUCUGUACAGCCUUGACUUUGGCCUCAUGACUCCAUUCUGAGCUGCCAGCGCAUUUGCUAAAGGACUCUUCUUUUGAAGCAUGCUGAGCAAAGAGCACAGGGGUGUGGGCAGCACGGCUCCUUCCCAAGUUUCAGUCCCAUCAUCACGUUAAUGGCUUUGUAAAUGUUAAGUGUCAUUUCUCAGCUGCUGUCACCACCACCUUUAUUUGCUAAAUAUGCUAGUUCUCCAUUGCAGAGGUAAAGGGUAUGUAUGUCAUGUUACUCUGACCUGCGGGACUGGGAACAAGGUCAUCUUAGGGUGAUGUUCCACCAUAUGUUACAGCCCAAGCAGUCUUACUGGUGUUAAAUAGGAAGAAUUUCAUUAGUUGUUGCUUGGUAAGUUGAUCUGGACUUUGGGCUGCCCGUGCACAGGCAGAGUAGGAUGAGGACUAUGAUGCAUUGGAAUUGCUGAAAAUGCCUAGUAGGUAGGGUGAGUCCCUGUGCCGUGUUCACACUUGCUUCUGAAGGAGGGAACUGAGAAUACAGAUCCUCACGUACUCCUACUUUGGGAGGCAGUAUGACGUAAGUAUAAGAAUCCCCUGUACCCCUCCCUUUCAUUUAGCAAGUGUCAAAACUCUUAGUUCCUUCCGUUUGCCUUGCAUAGCAGGUUUACUCCUCAAGUAUGCAGAGACACGGCGAUAGGAAUAACCUGCGGAGCCGCGUUCUGCAACAACAGGCAAGCCAGUAGGACAAGGUAUGCAGCGAACCUGUUUCUGGGGAAACCCCCAAAAGGAAGGCAGCCUGAUGCAAGUAGGCAAGCAAAGUAAAUAGGACGUAUAGCCCUCACCGGAAAGGGACAGGCAGCGUUGUAAAAUGGUAGUACGUUUUGUAACUGUGGUAUCAGUCUUCUCAUACUAUAGUGCAGCACCACCUAGAGGAAUUAGACAGAAAACGCUUAUUUUUUCCUAGUUAAUCGUAAUUCUUUCUUGUGAUAAUCGGUCACCGGUUUGAAUAGUCACUAUUCAUUGUAAAUGAUCCACUGCUGCACAGGAUUCACAGUGCAAAUUCAAUGUUUCCUAGGCAAACUUACCUUUUCAACUGGACAGGAUUAAGCAGAGUAAAAUUUGUUUUCUGGCCUCAAAUGUAGAUCAAUUGAGCUCAACAAUUAGGAUUAAGAGGAGAAACAAUGGCAGGCUGGAAUCGUACCUUAAGACAAAAUGCAGGAAGGUUUGGGUUUUUUCCUAUAGCAGAUAUUGUUACAUCCCUGCUGCAAUGGAGCUUAUACUGCUUGCAAGAGUUGACAAACUUUGCUACACUGACCGCUUCUAAAUAGUUACAAAGUGCUUGUGAAUCAAGGCAUGCUUUCCACCUAUGGAAUUUCCUCUGCUUUGUUCUGCUGCUUUUUAUGUGUUGCUACAAUCACAGAAAUUACUCCGUUUGUAAGUCAGACCCAGGCUAGAUUUCUAACUGGCAGUUGUUCAAAAUUCCUUUUUUAGACUGUGUGUCACCUGUAGUAAAGUACUACGAUGCAGUCUUCACAGUAGGAUCGCUCUCAAGUCCAGAGCUGAGUCUGGCAACCUGAGCACAUUUUCCAGAUGAAGCACAGUCUGGGCACUGGUUCCUUAAAGCCUAAUAAUACAAAAGGGGAAAAAGCAGCUCCUCUUCUAAUUCAGCUGGAUGUCUUCAUCCUCCCUAAGCCAACUUGCCUGGUCUUGGAGCAAUGUUGGGCAUAAUCCUAACUCUAAACCCACAGCAACAGAGGGACUAGAUUGUAACUCCAGAGUUUCGGUCACUGACCACGGCAUUGAUGCCCACAGUGAUUUUUAGGUAAGACAUAACCUCUCUUGCACUUCAAGUCUGCUCCUCAGUCCCCAUGAGGCAGUGAUAACCCUCUGGUAUCAUAAUGCUAAGUCAGAAAAGGAGAAGACAGAACUUCUUGAGAGCUACCUCAGGUGGUAAAGAAGGGUCGUCCUCUAGUCCAGCACCUUCCGGUAUCUUACAUGCAUCUUCUUAAGAUGCGUUUUUUUGGACAUAUCUUUCACUUUUCCAGUUCCUGCAGGCAGAUAUGACUAUUGCCCUGUGUUGUUCUAGGCAAGAGAAUGGUCUCUAAAUUUUGCUCAUGAUUCUCUUAGCAAAAAAAAAAAAAAAAAAAAUUAAAAAAAAAAAAUCAGGAUUUUUCAAGUAUGGUGUUAAAGGCAGGGCUGUGUCCUGGAAGAGAUGGUCCUGGUUGGUCUCUGAAAAGACUCUCUGUGUUUGGAAAUGGUAGAACAGACUUUAGAACAGGCAGGAUAAUAAAAAGAACAAAGCACUCACGA